AUGCUCGUCUGUCCUUCUCUCUUUGUCCUGGAAUUCAAGGUCAAGGCCUCGAACCAAGUGUAUCUGCUUGAGAAGCUAACCAACCAAAUUGUAUUGGUCGUCUACCUUCAGCGUGAGUUGAUCAACUCGCAGGUCUACACGGGAACAUAUGGAAAAUGUGAAGGAAAAGGAGGGAGUGAAUGGACUUGCUCUAAGACUGGGGUGGCGGUGUCAUCGUGGACGUCAACCUCAGUCACUAUUGCAUUGUUGUGGAGGGUAGCUCAAGCCACGAGGGCUUGUGGCUGCAAAGUGGUGAAGGUCAUCGGGUCGUGGGGCUGUGCAUUGAUUCAAGCAGCCAUUUGGUGUGGCUGCUGCUGUGUUCCAAUGGCGAGAUGGCUCAAUAAGUCUGCUCCAGCAGCUAGCGCUUGCAACUGUAAAGCUGUGGAGGUCGUGGGGCCAUGUUGCGGUACGGCAGUAGGCAACUGUGUGGUUCCAGUCGCAAGUUUUGGCGGCUGUGAGGAGGUUUUAGCCGUGAAGCCAUGUUAA